AUGCAACCAGUUGUGCGUACAAAGAUUGAGUACAUCCAACAUGCUACAAUCAACACCACAAAACACGACUCGAAACGCUUAAUAACAACAGCCGCAACACUAAAAAAAUUAAGCAGUUAUACGAAUGCACAAUUAACAUUGAACGAAAUAAAUACUCCGUUAGGAAAUGAUGUUCGUUUAAAAAAGUCAUCGACGAAAAGAUCAUCAGUGAAAAAAUCAAAUCAAAAACCGGACAAAAAUAGUGAUAAUGAAAAAGAAAAUAUCGACGCAAUAGCUGAUCCUGAUCUCGCUCGAGGUGAGGAAUCUGAAAACAUAGAGAUUGUGAGAUCGACUGUGAUUAGACAAACUGUUAAACUGUCGCUUGGAGAAGAGUUUCUCACAGCCACGUAG